AGGCACAGCAGGGGAGGGUUUGCUUAGUUUUUCGUCUGUGCCUAAAGUUCACGUUCAGCUGUCUUAGAUGCUUUGGAAAACAGAUUCCUUCUGACCUAGGGCAGCUUGGCUGGGCUGGGGGAGGCCCCAGGGCACGUGGCAGUGUGUCACAGGGCCCUUUGUGACACAGUGGGCAUUGUCAAUGGAUGGAAUGGGGCAGGGUGUCACAGGGCCCUUUGUGACAUGUGAUUAUUUAAUACUGGUGGUGACGUGGCGACGCCUCAGUGCUCCUCGGAGCGUGCGACGGGACAGACGGGACAGAGCGGUGCUGUGCGGAGCCCCCGUGCAGCCAACUCGUUCCUUACUGAUCCGGAGCUUUUUGGAGUCUUCUCUGUGGUUCAAGCGCCCUCGAGGCCAGACCGCGGGACUUGGUGACCCGGAGCUUUUCUGCGGUGUCUCCAAUCCCUGCGGCAGGUGCCAUCGAGGCCAUUCUCUGGGGCUUCGUGCCCCAGAGCUUUUCCCUGGCGUCUCCAAUCCCUGCAGCAGGUGCCCUUGAGGCCCAGCUGUAGGAUGGCAGGGAGACGCUUCAGCCUGUGCAAGGUUCUCAGGAGGAACAAGAAGAACGGAGACCCUGGGACUGCCCCUGCACAAAAGCCUGAAGAGAUGCAGCAGGUCCAGCCCCUGCAGGAAGAUCCAGGCCGGGUCCAGACAGAAGCCCAGGACCAUGCCUGUGGCCACUUCCGCAGGGCAGCACAGGCCUUUCUGAAAGUCUUGGGCGUUCGGCGUAGAAAGACCGGGAUAACACCAACCGAGGUCAUGGCACAGCCUGACCCCACGCCGAACGAGCUCAAGGCAAAGCCUGAUGUCGGCACCGUGUCAACUGAUGGCACAGCAACCUGUGACACCGCGGUGACCGAUGAACUGAUGAACACCGACAGCACGCCUGUUCAGCGCCUGGCCCAUGCUCCAAGUCUGGACUUUGUUGAGGAGAGAAUUGUCUCUGCUCAAGUAGCCAUGGAGCCAGACAGAGGUAUAGAGCAGAGACCCCCCAGGGUGCCCAAGCUGGCCUGGCUGAAGGAGAGGAAGGAGGAAAGCCCUGGGCCUGCCCCGGCACAGCACCCUGAGGAUGUGGAGCAGUUCCAGCCCCUGCAGGAGGAUCCAGGCCAGGUCCAGACAGAAGACCAGGACCGUGCCCGUGGCCGGUUCCACAGGGCAGCACAGGCCUUUCUGAAAGUCUUGGGCGUUCGGCGUAGAAAGACCGGGAUAACACCAACCGAGGUCAUGGCACAGCCUGACCCCACGCCGAACGAGCUCAAGGCAAAGCCUGAUGUCGGCACCGUGUCAACUGAUGGCACAGCAACCUGUGACACCGCGGUGACCGAUGAACUGAUGAACACCGACAGCACGCCUGUUCAGCGCCUGGCCCAUGCUCCAAGUCUGGACUUCGUUGAGGAGAGAAUUGUCUCUGCUCAAGUAGCCAUGGAGCCAGACAGAGGUAUAGAGCAGAGACCCCCCAGGGUGCCCAAGCUGGCCUGGCUGAAGGAGAGGAAGGAGGAAAGCCCUGGGCCUGCCCCGGCACAGCACCCUGAGGAUGUGGAGCAGUUCCAGCCCCUGCAGGAAGAUCCAGGCCGGGUCCAGACAGAAGACCAGGACCGUGCCCGUGGCCACUUCCGCAGGGCAGCACAGGCCUUUCUGAAAGUCUUGGGCGUUCGGCGUAGAAAGACCGGGAUAACACCAACCGAGGUCAUGGCACAGCCUGACCCCACGCCGAACGAGCUCAAGGCAAAGCCUGAUGUCGGCACCGUGUCAACUGAUGGCACAGCAACCUGUGACACCGCGGUGACCGAUGAACUGAUGAACACCGACAGCACGCCUGUUCAGCGCCUGGCCCAUGCUCCAAGUCUGGACUUUGUUGAGGAGAGAGUUGUCUCUGCUCAAGAAGCCAUGGAGCCAGACAGAGGCAUGGAGCAGAGACCCCCCAGGGUGCCCAAGCUGGCCUGGCUGAAGGAGAGGAAGGAGGAAAGCCCUGGGCCUGCCCUGGCACAGCACCCUGAGGAUGUGGAACAGUUCCAGCCCCUGCAGGAAGGGCUGGGCUGUGUUCUCUGGCCCCUCCUGCGGCCCCUCAGCUCUGACCGCGCUCUCUCUUUGCCAGAUCCAGGCCAGGUCCAGACAGAAGACCAGGACCGUGCCCGUGGCCGGUUCCACAGGGCAGCACAGGCCUUUCUGAAAGUCUUGGGCGUUCGGCGUAGAAAGACCGGGAUAACACCAACCGAGGUCAUGGCACAGCCUGACCCCACGCCGAACGAGCUCAAGGCAAAGCCUGAUGUCGGCACCGUGUCAACUGAUGGCACAGCAACCUGUGACACCGCGGUGACCGAUGAACUGAUGAACACCGACAGCACGCCUGUUCAGCGCCUGGCCGGUGCUCCAAGUCUGGACUUUGUUGAGGAGAGAGUUGUCUCUGCUCAAGAAGCCGUGGAGCCAGACAGAGGCAUGGAGCAGAGACCCCCCAGGGUGCCCAAGCUGGCCUGGCUGAAGGAGAGGAAGGAGGAAAGCCCUGGGCCUGCCCCAGCACAGCACCCUGAGGAUGUGGAGCAGUUCCAGCCCCUGCAGGAGGAUCCAGGCCAAGACUGA